AUGAGUGGAGGGUUGGGGAGCAGGUCGGACCCACUUCGGGAGCUUUAUGCCUGGGUGGACCAAGUCCCGCUCAGCCGCCCCAGGCGACACCUCGCCCGCGACUUCAGCGAUGGCGUGCUGGUUGCAGAGAUUGUGAAACACUUCCAGCCCAAACUCGUGGAAAUGCACAAUUACAUCCCAGCCAGUUCUACAGAUCAAAAGUUGAGCAACUGGAGCACUUUGAAUCGGAAGGUGUUUCCUAAGCUGAAUUUCCGCGUUUCCACGGAGGACAUUCGGAAAGUUGUUGCCAAUACCUCAGGUGCCAUAGAGCCAAUCCUGUUCACGUUAAGGCAAAAAAUAGAAGAAAAAUGGAAAGAAAAAGCAAACCAGGAGGCCCAGACAAACACAAAGGAUCUGGGAUGCCGUCAAGUCACCACUACUAAGCAUUUGGGCUUGAUCUCGGGGUGGGUUCCAGGGACAGAACCACCCACCCUCUGUGUUACCCGUCAGACCAGCCUUCCAAGGUGUUAUGUUUUCCACAAGCUCACCCCAAUCGGGGGGAAGACACAGUGGUCACCCCAGUGGAACAGGGAGAGGGACACAGUGGUCACCCCAAUGGGAAGGGAAGGGGAAUAUAAUAGAGGAUCUCCAAAACAUUCACUGCCUUCAGACAGAAAGACAUUUCCUGAUGGAAAAUCUCCAGCCUGGAUCAAUGAUCAUUCCGGAAGGCAAAACACAAGCUGUAAUCACUGCGCACAUCUAGAAAAUGGUAUUCAGCAGUUGUUAGAGGAAAAGGAAGAGGCAUUGAUAGCCCUCCAGGAAACUGUUCAGAUUUUGCAGAAGAAAGUCGACAGAUUAGAGCACCUCGUCCAGCUGAAAGAUCUGAGAAUUGAAAAUCUCACGAAACACUUGAACAACCCCAAAGAGCAAAGGAACACCAAAUAAAAAUGCCAUCCUGCAAUUUGGGUGGGAUUUCACCCAUCCUGACCA